UAUGGGGUUUUUGGCAGGGCAGAAACAUCCUUGACUGACAAUCUUUGGCCUUUGGCCUUGGAGGCCUGGUUAAUUGGUAAUAAGGAGACAUGGGCAGCACUCUGAUGUUUGUUGUGCCUGUCCUCUGAUGUUUUCUUUAUCUGGGGGAGUGUCUGUGCUUGGAAGCUUCUCAUCUGGAAAGCUGUUUUUCAUCUGGGGAGUGUCUGGACAUUCCAAGUCACUCCUGGCCCUUGAAACUUUGACUAAUUGACUCUGUGAGUCCUUUCUGCCUCUCUGUUUUUAUUUGGUUAACUCUUUGAGUCCCUUUUAGUGGGCUUUACUGGCUUUAUUCUCUCUCCACCUAGCUCAUAUCUGUCUUUCUGCCUAACAAGGGGACAGCCACUACCUGCAUGCUGGGGUGAAGAGGCAGAGACUAGUGUCAGCCAGGGGCAAGGAGACAGACCGUGUGCUGUGCCAGCAGAGCCCCAAGGAACAAGACCUUGGUCAGGAGUCUGCAUCCCAAGGAGGUGUUUCUGUGAAUAAGGGGCCCAGGCCGUCCACAAACCCGACACUUAGCCCACAGCUCCAGGGAGGGACUCUGUGGACCCGCCGCUCCACCGUUGCAAGCGGCGGUGCUCGUUCCAUGGGGGACCAGAGGGCGCGGGGCAGGGAGGGAGGCCAGUAAACGGGGAUGAAAAGGUUGAGGAGCUGCAUGGCGACGGAGUUUGUACACUAUGUUUUUCUGGAUGCGACUGCACCGCACGCCUGAAAAGAGUAAAACGUUCAGUUGUAUUUUACGCAACAAAACUCAAAACAGGACCCACAGCGCAGCACUGAAAGCCUGAGCGCGGAGACCGUGACCUGCAGCUCCGCGCUGGAGAGCGCCAGAAUUCCCCCGGUCUGGGGACCUUAUUCUCCGUAGGUCGGUGGACCUUGGGGGAGAGAGGAAUAAGGGUACGGAGGGUGAAGCUUCCCCACGGGGCAGCCCUGGCGCCCUGAGCCUCCGCCCCGCGGGCCCCACCGCCUCUCUUCACCAAGGUGGUGCAGUUCUUCCAAUCCACGGGCCCCGGGGUGCGGGCUCCAAGGGGAAGACCGAUCACAAGGGCCCCUUUCCUUUGGUCCCGCUCUCCCGCCCCUCCGACUGGCGGGUUUCAAACCCACAGGGGCCAAUGAGAGCGGGUGGACGCACACAAGGCUCGGCUUCAGCUGCGAGCGCGACCUUUGAAAAAAACCGUUGCUGAGGAGCAAUGGAGAGGCUGCGGCCAGCCGCCGCCGCCGCUGCGGCGUUGACCAAUUCCCUAGGCAUAUUUUUGUGAUAGUUCCUUUUACAAAUAUCCGUAAAAUGGAGAACGAGAGUUUUACGCCCCUUGUGGAGCAGUUCAUGACCAGCCCCAUGGUCACUUGGGUUAAAACGUUUGGACCUCUGGCUGAAGAAAAUGGGACUGUCCUGGAUGAGUAUGUGGCUUUGGUGGAUGGGGUAUUCUUGAACCAGGUUAUGUUCCAAAUUAAUCCUAAAUUGGAGAGUCAGAGAGUCAAUAAAAAAGUCAACAAUGAUGCCUCACUUAGAAUUCAUAAUCUAUCCAUUUUGAUGAGACAGAUAAAAUUUUAUUACCAGGAGACUUUGCAGCAGUUGAUCAUGAUGUCAUUGCCAAAUGUCUUAGUCAUUGGCAAAAAUCCCUUUUCUGAACAAGGCACAGAAGAAGUUAAAAAGUUGCUUUUACUUUUACUGGGUUGUGCAGUUCAAUGUCAGAAAAAAGAAGAAUUUAUUGGAAGAAUUCAAGGCUUAAAUUUUGACACCAAAGCAGCAGUUGCUGCACAUAUUCAAGAGGUAAUCGAUAAUCAAGAGAAUGUGUUUGAUCUUCGGUGGAUGGAAGAGACUGAUAUGUCUCAGGAGGAACUAGAACCACUCUUGAAAAAUAUGGCAUUGCAUCUAAAAAGACUUAUAGAUGAAAGAGAUGAAUAUUCAGAGACUAUCACAGAACUCUCUGAAGAGCAAGAUGGUCUUCACUUUCUACCCCAUGCCUCUUCAUCUGUACAGUCACCCUGUGGUUCUCCAGGCAUGAGGCAAACAGAAAGUCAACAACUGGCAGACACUAAAGCCAAGAUAAGAAGGCUUAGGGACGAAUUGGACGAAAAUACUGAAGAGUUAUUGGACUGCAAAGAAGAACUUGAGCAAAUGGAAAUAGAAUUAAAAAGGCUACAACAAGAGAACAUGAACUUGCUUUCGGAUGCUCAUUCUGCAAGAAUGUACCGAGAUGAAUUAGAUGCACUUCAGGAGAAGGCAGUCAGACUUGAUCAGCUGGAAAGUGAAGUCAGCAAAUAUAAAGAAAGGCUACAUGAUACUGGAUUUUAUAAGGCAAGAGUUGAGGAAUUAAAAGAAGACAAUCAAGUUUUAUUUGAAACAAAAACCAUGUUGGAGGACCAAUUAGAAGGCACUCGAGCUCAUUCUGAUAAAUUACGUGAAUUAGAAAAAGAGAAUUUACAACUAAAAGCUAAACUGCAUGAUAUGAAAAUGGAAUGUGAUAUGGAUAGAAAAAAGAUAGAAGAAUUAAUGGAAGAAAAUAUGACUUUGGAAAUGGCACAGAAACAGAGUAUGGAUGAAUCAUUACAUCUUGGCUGGCAGCUAGAACAAAUAUACAGAACUAGUGAACUUUCUGAAGCACCACAAAAAUCUUUGGGCCAUGAGGUGAAUGAAUUGACAUCAAGUAGUUUAUUGAAAUUAGAAACGGAAAACCAGAGUUUGACAAAAACUGUAGAAGAACUUCGGAGUAGUAUGGAUUCUGCAGAAGGUAACACUUCCAAAAUCCUGAAAGUUCAGAAAGAAAAUCAAAGACUAAAUAAAAAGAUGAAAAUAUUAGAACAGGAAAAUGAACAUCUGAAUAAAACUGUGUCUUCCUUAAGGCAGCGCUCCCAGAUAAGUGCUGAAGCAAGGGUGAAAGAUAUUCAAAAAGAAAAUAAAAUUCUCCAUGAAUCUAUCAAAGAAACAAGUAGCAAGCUAAGCAAGAUUGAAUUUGAAAAAAGACAAAUUAAAAAAGAAUUGGAACAUUAUAAAGAAAAAGGAGAACAAGCAGAGGAACUUGAAAAUGAGUUGCAUCAUCUUGAAAAAGAAAAUGAAUUGUUACAGAAAAAGAUAACCAAUUUAAAAACUACUUGUGAAAAAAUUGAGGCCUUGAAACAAGAAAAUUCAGAGCUAGAAAGAGAGAAUAGGAAAUUUAAAAAAGCACUGGAUAGCUUUCAAAACGUUACUUUACAGUUACAAUCCCUAGAAAAAGAGAAUUCCCAACUUGACGGGGAAAACUUAGAACUGCGAAGCAAUGUGGAAUCUUUGAAGUGUGCAAGCAUGAAAAUGGCUCAGCUACAACUAGAAAAUAAAGAACUGGAAAGUGAAAAAGAACAGCUUAAGAAGGGUUUAGAGCUCAUGAAAGCAACUUUCGAGAAAACAGAAUGCUUGCAAGUUAGCUACCAGGGUUUAGAUACCGAAAAUCAAAGGCUACAGAAAGAUCUAGAAAACAGCAAGAAGAAAAUUCAGCAAUUAGAGAAUGAACUUCAAGACUUAGAGAUGGAAAAUCAAACAUUGCAAAGAAACCUAGAAGAGUUAAAAGUAUCUAGCAAAAGACUGGAACAGUUAGAAAAAGAAAAUAAGUCAUUAGAGCAAGAGACUUCUCAACUAGAAAAGGAUAAGAAACAACUGGAGAAGGAAAAUAAGAGACUCCGACAACAAGCAGAAGUAAAAGGUACUACAUUAGAAGAAAAUAAUGUGAAGAUUGGAAAUUCAGAAAAAGAAAAUAAAACCCUCUACAAAGAGAUUGGUGUUUAUAAAGAAUCCUACAUUCAUCUGAAAGAAUUAGUGAAAGAGAAUAAGGAGCUCAUGAAAAGAGCAUCUAUUGAAAUAAAAACUUUGGUUACAUUACGAGAGUUGCUAAGCCAACUUAAAGGAAAUAUAGAAGAAGAAAAUCGACAUCUGCUAGAUCAAAUUCAGACAUUAAUGCUACAGAACGGAAAACUAUUGGAACAAAAUAUGGAAAGCAAGAAUAUUUUUCAUGCUGAACAAAGACAGUACAUUGAGAAGUUAAAUGAAUUAAGAAGACAAAAGGAGAAAUUAGAAAGAAAAAUAAUGGAUCAAUACAAAUUUUCUGACCCAGCUCCUCCUAGAAGGAAAGGCAACUGGAUUACUCUGAAAAUGAGGAAAUUGAUGAAGUCUAAGAAAGAUAUUAAUCGGGAACAUCAGAAAUCUCUAACAUUAACACCUACCUGCUCAGACUCCAGUGAAGGAUUUCUUCAACUCCCCCAUCAAGAUAGUCAAGUCAGUUCUUCAGCAGGUUCAAACUCUUUAGAAGAUGGCCAAACUUUGGGGACCAAAAAAAGAAGCAUGGUUGCACUGAGAAGACUGCCCUUUUUGAUGAAGAGACCGAAGGAUAAAGACAAAAAUGAAGACCUACCAUCGUUCCAUGUCUUCAAGACCAGCCAGCCUUGACAGUAGCCGAACAUCCACUGGCAAUAGCAAUAAUAAUGCUUCACUCCAUGAGGUCAAAGGUACGCUGUAGGUGAAUUUAUUAAUAUGCUCCGUCCAUUGCCAGAUUUAAAAGUGGGAGACUGAUGAAGUUUCUGGAGUAAAGUAUGAAAUCCAAAUCAUGUACUCAUCACAUUGUAAUACAAAUGUAUUUCAAUGUAUACAAAUGUGAAAACAGGAGCAGUUAUUGUGGUUUCCAUAUUUCAUCUUCACAGAUAAAAUUUUUUUAUUAUAAUCUUUACUUCAAAAAUAUAUGUAGGUCCUCAUUUACUUGUUUGUCUUUGUCAUGAAAAUGGUUGUCCUGAUGCAUGAACAUGGAACACAUUACACAAGUCUUUUAGAGAUACUUAACAGCUUAAUUUACCCACAAAUAAGGUGAAUUUUUUUAACUUGAGAAGACAUUUGUGUGUAACGAGCUAAAUGGAUGCAUAUAGCUCAUUUAAAGAAUUAUUUCAAGAUACUUUCCCUUAAUUUUUUAACAAGCAUUCCAACAUAAUAUUUUUAUAUGUAAAUGUCUGGAAACCUUGACUAAUAUAUUUUUCCUUAAAGGUAUACUGCCUAUUCAGAUUAUAGAAUUGUUUAAUGGAUUAUAAAGGUUGGUUAAAGUAGUUGUUCUCUGCAGUCCAGAAUUGUCAAAUUAUAGUGAAUAAA